CCAGACGAUAAAAGGAUCCGGGGAAAGGACGCGACUUCAAGGUUUUCGGCGCGGGUGUCGUUAGCAUCAACAAUAGGCUAUUUAACACCAAGUAGGAAGUAGGAAGUAAAGUUGUGUUUUAAGAUAGCUUGCUAGCUAAAGUUAUUAUACGCCCACUAUUUUUUUGUUUGAUUCAGCCUGCCAAGCUAGCAAGAAUGGGACUUUUUGGAAAACACGAGAAACCACCCAAAGAACUAGUCAGUGAAUGGUCAGUCAAAAUAAGGAAGGAGAUGAGAGGGAUUGACAGACAAAUUCGAGAUAUCCAGAGAGAGGAAGAAAAGGUCAAGCGCUCCAUCAAGGACGCAGCCAAGAAAGGGCAGAGGGAUGUGUGCGUGAUUCUGGCCAAGGAGAUAAUCCAGUCCAAGAAGGCCAUCAGCAAAAUGUACGCCACCAAAGCGCACAUGAACUCUGUGAUGAUGAACAUGAAGAACCAGCUCUCCGUGCUGAGAGUGGCAGGUGCGAUGCAGAAGAGUACGGAGGUGAUGAAGGCCAUGCAGAACCUGGUCAAGAUCCCGGAGAUCCAGGCUACCAUGAGGGAACUCUCCCAGGAGAUGUCCAAGGCCGGCAUCAUUGAAGAGAUGAUGGAGGACACCUUUGAAAGCAUGGAGGAUGAGGACAUGGAGGAGGCUGCUGAGGCCGAGGUCGACAAGAUUCUCUAUGAGAUCACAGCAGGUGCGCUCGGUAAAGCUGGUAAAGUGACUGACGCUCUGCCGGAGCCAGAGCCUGCUGGAGCUGCAGCUGGGCCUGAAUCAGAGGAGGAAGAGGAAGACAUGGAGGGGAUGCAGUCCAGGCUGGCUGCCCUGCGGAACUGAAUGGCCCCAGGCCCAGUCCUCGGGACCCAGUCCCGGUCUCAGACUCAGUCUUUGUCCCUGUCCCCAUCCUAGUCCCAGAUCCAGUCCCAGUCCCCCAGUCCCAAUCUCAUCCCACACCCAGUCCCCCUGUCCCAAUCUCAACCCCAGUCCCGGUCUCAGACUCAGUCCCAGUCCUUGGACCCAGUCUCAGCUCUUAGUCCCUGUCCCCAUCCCAGUCUCAAUCCCAGUCCCAGUUUUAGACUCAGUCCCAGUCCCCUAGUCCCAGUCUCAAUCCCACACCCAGUCACAGUCUUAGUCCCACACCCAGUCCACGUUUUAGACUAAAUCCCAGUCCCCCUCUCCAAGUCUCAAUCCCACACCCAGUCCCCCUGUCCCAGUCUCAACCCCCAGUCCCAGUCUGGACCCAGCCUUGGUCUCUCUGCUUUCACAGACCCUUUAUGGGCAGAGUCUUUUUCAUUAGGGCUUUUACUCUCUUUUACGUCUCUGAAAUGCACUGAACCCUGAACGGCGACAUCAUCUCUGUGUGCUGUCGGAAACGUACUGAACUCUAAACGGUGACAUCAUCCCUGCUCGCCGUAUCUGAAACGCAUUGAAUGCUGACAUCAUCUAAGCCUGCUGAAACAUCAGCUGUAAAAUCCUGUACAUAUUUUCGCUGACUGAUUCUUGGGUGUUUCCAAAACACUGAAAAAGGAAUCAUUCCCCUUUGGACCAAUCACUGUACAUAUAUGCGUGUGUGUGUGUGUGUGUUUGUGUUUGUGUUUGUGUUUGUGCAUGUGUUUGUGCAUGUAUGCGUGUGUGCCUGCCUGCUCGUGCGCGUGUGUUUUUGGGUGCGCCUGUGACUUCUAUAUAGAGUCUUUUCAUGGGAUAUUCACUUUAGCCUUUGCAGUUUUGAUCAUGGUAUCAAUCAUUGAGACAAAACUGUCAUUUGAGCAGCAGAAGUGCACAGGUGUGUCUUGCCACCUACACAUCUAGCUGAGCUGAAGGGCAUGGAGAGAGAAUCUGUUCAGUUCAUUGAGGAUAAAGCUUUAUCAAACUUUAAUGCUAGCCCUUUAUAGGAGCAAAAUUAACUACUUAAAUUGUGUGUGGGUGGGUCGGUUGUUGGAAUAUUUUUGUGAGAAUAUAUAUUGUUUAAACUGCAAGUUUUGGGGGGGAAAAAAUCUUUUUUUUAGUGUGAGGAGUGCUUUCAUUCCCCAGAGCCUUGAAACUAUCUGUUGAUUGUUCCUGAAGUUCUAAUAAACUGCAAAAAAAUAAGUAAAUAAAUAAAUUGCAUCAAAAGAUGCAUCAAAAAAAGUACAAAUA